GAGCGCUGGGCACCAGCAGCGGUGCAUCUUCCACAGCCACCCGAGCUGCAGCACCGGGCGCCGCCCCGCGGACCAGCUCGGGGCCUUCUCCGUCGCCAGCGGCGCGGACAUGUGCCGGAUCCAAGGCGGCGAGUGCCCCGCGCAGCGGCAGCUGGGCGCCCACGGCGCUUGCGACCCGUCCAGGGGCAGCGAGCUGCUGCUGCCCGGGCACCCGAAGGCGGUGCUGACGAUCACGAACAUGUACUGGACCGACGCGUGCGACCUGGUCACCCGCUGCGGGCCCGUGGACGCAGAGGAGGUGCUGGCGGCCAUGCUGAGCAGCGGCUACCACGAGAUCUCGGGCGCCUGCGAG